AUGGUGUACCAUCUGAAAAAAAACGACAGGAUCGCGCUGGAUUCUGUUAGGAUCGUUGAUUGCGUCCUUACGACGGUUUCAUUUUUGAUUUUUGCUUUCGAUGGUGUAGAAGAAAGGAAGACCGCUGUGGAACGAGUAGUAGGAUUGGCAAAUGACACAUUAGAAAAUGCAGAAAGAGAAUUAGGUGAAAAAGAGAAGGUUUUGAAUGACUUGAAUGAAGAAGAAAAGAAUGAUUGGAGAGACCUAAGAAACGAGUUGAGAAAAGAUAAGAAUGAAUUGAACGAAAGAAGAGACAGAUGGGAGAUUGAGGUUUAUGAAUGGGGAAAGAGUCUCGAGAAGAAGAAAAAGUGA